AUGAAUUGCUUAUCUCUAAAUGUAAGAGGGAUUGGGGUUGAUGGUAAAGUUAGAUGGAUUAAAAGACUUAAAAACGAGUACGGUAUUUCAUUUAUUGGGUUGCAAGAAACGAUGGCUAGUAGUCUAAAGCCGGGUACAGUGUCUAGCUUUUGGGGUGGUGCUGGCUUUGAUUGUGAGAUUGUUCAUGCAAGCAGUCAAUCGGGAGGUCUUGUUUCAUGUUGGGACCCAAAGGUAUUUAUUAAAGAUAAAGUUGUUAAAGAUGUCAAUUUUUUGCUUGUUUCUGGUUUGUUAGUAGAUGGAUUGGUUCGUCUGAAUGUGCUUAAUACCUAUGCUCCUCAACAAAAUUGUGAUAAGCGCAUAUUAUGGAGCAAGGUUUUGAGACUUAUGCAAGAAGGCCAAGGGUGGUGGAUCGUGUUUGGCGACUUUAAUGCAGUGCGAGACUCGUCAGAAAGAAGGAAUUCUAAUUUCGAUCCCAUAUGCGCUAAGGAUUUCAACGAUUUUAUUGACGAGGCGGGUUUGCGGGAUAUGAAUUAA